GGGCGCUGUUAUUGCGCACCCUGCACAAGCCACUGCCACGUGUUUUUUUAUUUCUGGAUACGCCUGGUUUUCGUUGAUUGGUCCAGUCGGGCCGAGAGCCAGGUGCACUCGCUCGGUGAGCACCAUAUCCUCCAUCCCCCGAACGUGAGUUUUGUUGUUGGGCGCCGCUUCUGUCUGGAGGCGGUCGUCGGGAGAUGGCGGGUCUAGACGAAUGGCCGCAUGGGCGCCAACCCCCAAGGACAAGCAUGUGCUAGCCGGGAAUUGUGCGUCGUCGACUGGUUGCCAAGCUCUCGAGUGAGCGUCAAAACCAUCUCUGUUUCUCUCUCUCUCUCCCUCUCUCCCUCUCUCUGUUGGUCUGUUUUCGGCGCGGCACUUUUGGGGCUGCGCAAUCACUUCAAUCAUGCGGUCCAAAUGGCUGUCUCAUGAAUGGUCGAUGGAUCUGAGAGCACCGGCAACUGCGCGAAUGGUCACAAUCGCUGUCCUUGCCGCCAUCGCCAUCGCCAUCGCCAUCGCCACGAUUCCUUCCAGAGAGAAGCGUUCCUUGUCGUUUUGCUGACUGAUUGAUGACUGAUCAAUCUAUCGGCGCGCUGGGGCUGACCCUCUCCGGUGAGAGCGGGUGGAGCAGCAGGCGCAAUCCUUGCGGGUGGUUUUCCCUCUCGCAUGCGCGUGUGAGCGUUGCGGCGGUCGCGCUCUGUUCUGGACCCCCAUUACUUGCCGUCCUCUCCUUUCACGCAGAUGUCAACGGCGACUGUUCGCGGCAUUUGUCUCUGAUAACAAGAAGGGAGAGCGGGCCUCACGACCUGUCUGCGUGCGCGCAGUCAGUCCUUCUUCAACCCUACGGAAUCAGUCAGGCAAAUCACGUGGUCUUUCGCGCUUAUGUCAGCGCAGAUCGUCGAAGAAGAAUCGCUCUGACGUCUGAUUAGAGGAGAGGUCGAUUGGAGGAGAGAUCGGUGGCGGCGGCGAAAGGCGUUGGGUUUUCGUCUCACUGGUGUGUGAUAGAGUGUCGUUGCACAUCAACCGAGCACGAUGAGUCAGCGGCUGUUAAGCGGGUUUCUGAGAGGAGGGAGAGUCGCAACGGCGGCGCGAUGUCAGCGAUCGACGUGUCGUCGGAGUGGUGCACGCUCCGUGCGAGAUUUCGGGAGCUACACCUCCUUGUACCCCUGCUCUUCCUCUUCUUCCCUACACCCCUCUCGUUCAGGUCUUUGGUCGCUAUCGCCGUUCUCUUCGUCUGCUUCCUCUUCCCCGAUCUGCCGGCCUUUACCAUUGGGAAGAGGCGGUGCGGGUGCGCCUCUCGCGGCGGCGCGUGAUGGCCGCGGAGCAGCAGCUAUCGGAGCCGCUCGCCGUUAUCUUAUCACUGCCGCUGGGAGUGGUGCGACAACGGAUGGGAAAGGCGCAGCGGCUACGGCGGCGGCAUCAGCGGACGCGUCCAGCGCUGCCGCCGCCGCCGCCACCUUUGGCGCGCAAACGCCUGUUCCACUCUCGAAGCUUACCGACAGCUUCCUGAACGGGACAAGCAGCGUGUAUCUUGAAGAACUGCAGCGCACAUGGGAGUUGGACCCCAACAGCGUCGAUCCCUCAUGGGACACGUUUUUCCGCAAUUUCACGGGUCGGCCGGCGGCGCAGGCUGGCGUCUCAGGUCAGACCAUUCAAGAGAGCAUGCGGCUUUUGCUGCUGGUCAAAGCGUACCAGGUAAACGGACACACCAUAGCCAAGUUGGACCCGCUGGGGCUGAAGCAACUUCAAGUUCCGCAGGAGCUCGAUCCUGCUUGGUACGGCUUCACCGAGGCCGAUAUGGACAGAGAAUUCUUCCUGGGUGUUUGGAACAUGUCCGGUUUCUUGUCGGAGAACAGACCUGUGAGAACACUCCGAGCGAUUCUCGAACGACUCAAGCAAGCCUAUUGUGGGACAAUAGGGUACGAGUACAUGCACAUUCCUGAUAGGGAGCGUUGCAAUUGGUUGAGGGAUAAGAUAGAGACACUCACUCCUGGGAAGUAUGGGAAGAAUAGACGGGAGGUGAUCUUGGACAGAUUGAUGUGGGGUACGCAUUUCGAGAAUUUUCUCUCUCAGAAAUGGACGGCAUCUAAACGUUUCGGCUUGGAAGGCUGCGAGACGCUGAUCCCUGGAAUGAAGGAGAUGAUUGAUCGGGCUGCAGACCAUGGAGUUGAGAGCAUUGUCAUCGGCAUGCCGCACAGGGGGCGACUAAAUGUCCUCGGGAAUGUCGUCAGGAAGCCUCUCAGGCAUAUCUUCAGCGAGUUCAGUGGUGGGAUGAAGCCUGCGAGCUCGGACAAUACGAUUUACAACGGGUCGGGCGAUGUAAAGUAUCACUUGGGAACAUCUUAUGAUCGGCCGACGAGGAGUGGCAACCGUAUCCACUUGUCUCUUGUGGCUAACCCUAGUCAUUUAGAGGCUGUGGAUCCUGUCGUCAUGGGAAAGACGAGAGCGAAGCAGUACUAUGCCAUGGACAAAGACCGAAAGCGGAACAUGGCGCUGUUGCUUCACGGCGAUGGCUCGUUUUCGGGUCAAGGAGUUGUUUAUGAAACCUUUCAUCUGAGCGAUCUGCCUAAUUACACGAUUGGAGGCACGAUACAUAUCGUGGUGAACAAUCAGGUGGCUUUUACAACAGACCCCAGAUCAGGUCGAUCUUCACCCUAUUGUACUGAUGUGGCAAAAGCGCUGAAUGCCCCCAUUUUCCAUGUGAAUGCGGAUGACGUGGAGGCCGUCGUUCAUGCUUGUGAGUUAGCUGCAGACUGGAGGAACCAGUUUGGAUCGGAUGUUGUCGUUGAUCUUGUUUGUUAUCGCAGAUUCGGACACAACGAAAUGGACGAGCCGAUGUUCACACAGCCCAGCAUGUACAAGGUGAUCAAGAGCCAUAAGCCAGCUUUGGACCAAUAUCACCAGAAGUUGAUAUCGAUGGGUCAGUUGACGAAAGAGGAGAUAAAGAAGAUGGAGAACCGUAUUUUCGAAAUUCUUAACGAGGAGUUCGUGAACAGCAAAGAUUAUGUUCCUCAGCGACGGGAUUGGUUGGCUAAUUACUGGGCUGGAUUCAAGGGGGCAGAGCAACUUUCGAGGAUCAGGAACACAGGAGUGAAGCAGGAGAUUCUGAGAGAGGUGGGUGCAAAGAUCUCAAGUCUGCCUGAGGGGUUUACGCCCCAUAAGGCAAUCAAGAGGGUUUAUGAACAAAGGGCACAGAUGAUUGAAACUGGUGAAGGCAUUGACUGGGCUAUGUCCGAGGCCUUGGCGUUUGGCACACUUCUGGCAGAGGGGAAUCAUGUCAGACUGAGUGGGCAAGACGUGGAGAGAGGAACCUUCAGCCAUCGGCAUGCAGUUGUGCAUGAUCAGACCACAGGAGAGAAGUACACUCCCCUCGCUCACUUGUUGGAGCAGCAGCGACCAGAGAUGUUCACUGUGAGCAACAGUUCACUCUCAGAGUUUGGUGUCUUGGGAUUUGAAUUGGGGUAUUCGAUGGAGAACCCGAACUCAUUGGUGUGCUGGGAAGCGCAGUUCGGUGAUUUUGCCAAUGGUGCACAGGUAAUUUUUGACCAGUUCUUGUCCAGUGGUGAGACAAAGUGGCUGAGGCAAACUGGUCUGGUAGUGCUUUUGCCUCAUGGGUACGAUGGGCAAGGACCAGAGCACAGCAGUGCCCGACUUGAGAGAUUUUUGCAGAUGAGUGAUGACCAUCCCAUGAAGAUACCGGAGAUGGAGCCAACUCUGCGUACACAGAUCCAGGAGGUCAAUUGGCAAGUUGUGAACGUGACAACACCCGCAAAUUACUUCCACGUCCUUCGCCGUCAGAUUCAUAGAGAUUUCCGUAAGCCAUUGAUUGUUAUGUCCCCAAAGAAUCUCCUUCGUCAUCAAGCAUGCCGCUCGUCUCUUUCAGAGUUUGAUGAUAUGAGUGGCCACCCGGGGUUUGACAUCCAAGGCACACGGUUUAAGAGGAUCAUCAAGGAUGUCAAGAGACACCAGGAUAAGGAGCCUGGAAUCCGGCGGCUUGUAUUGUGCAGUGGAAAGGUGUACUACGAAUUGGAGGAGGAGAGACAGAGAGUAGGGGCAGAUGACGUUGCAAUCUGCCGAGUUGAGCAAUUGUCUCCUUUCCCUUGGGAUCUUGCCAUUCGUGAGGUCAACCGAUACUCCAACGCGGAGGUUGUGUGGUGCCAAGAGGAGCCGAUGAACAUGGGGGCGUGGUCGUUCAUUCAUCCACGGUUGGCAUUGGUCAUGAAGAGACUGAACAGAGGCGGCCAUGAUGAAGUAAAGUAUGUGGGAAGGCCCCCUUCAUCUGCAACGGCGACAGGUUUUGGUGGACUUCAUGCACAAGAGCAGAGAGAAGUUGUCGAGAAGGCCAUGGUGGAGUAGAGUGUUAAGUAAGUACGUGGCAAAGAAUCUUGCGAGGCCGAAUGAGUGAAGCAGCAGAAUGUCUCGGUCAGGGAGGCAGCCACGCUGGAAUUCUUGCGGGAAGCAGGAUCACAUAAUGGUUAAAUAAAUACGCUUUGACAAGUUGUGAGCACCUAACUGUGCUGGUGUACCUCCUUGGCGGGUGUAAUCAUGUGGUGCAAGAAAGCCUGAGUUGAAGUAGGUGAAGCAGAAGACAACCUUGGUCGAGGAGCCGUUUUCUGGAAUGCUUGCCCUGAAUUCUGCGAUAUGACGUGGAAGGCCUAUGUGCGUUUGGCGAGUGGUGGUCACUGACACCUCGUACUUGACAGACAAAUGCCAGCGAUGAAUUCUCAAAGGGUUCGCUUUGUACGUCUGUGGCAAGAUGCGAACGGAGGGUAAGGUACUCGGGAGUGUUGUGGGCUGUUCGAGGGUUUGGAGAUACUGACGCUGAUGACUUGUAUGGCACAGGUAUGAGCACAUCCGCGAUCUUCUUGCGCUACUUCUUGAUGGAAGAAAAUGCCACUUUGUCGGGCAUAGACGGACUGUUUGAGACUUGCCCUUCGUGUUCUUGCUUGCUUAUGACAUUUCAUCCCAUUACAGAAAAGAUUUUUCAACAUUUUGUCCUCCGAUCCUGACAUCUUGUUUUUUGGUGAGUGAUAGAUAGAUCCAUGGGGAUUGAUCUACCAGAGGAGUGACCUAUAACAUAGGGUUGACCUAUUCAUACCCUAUGGUUAAGUGGUGGUAGUUUCCUGUUGUGGAGGUUUGGGAUGCGCCUGUGGAGUGGACCAGAUCCAUGGGGAUGGAGGCUGUUUCAUGCAUGCAGCGGUGGGUUUGGCAGCUUUGGCUGCAUGCGUGGAUAUUCAUCAACGUGCAUGCACAGUUUUUCUUGCCUUGUUGAUAUCAAAACCGAUUGAUCAGGAUCUCUCUACUUCAUUGCUUCCAUGCAUUUGAGGACUGCAGGCUUAGCCUUUCCACAAAGAUGAAGAUUCUCCUUUCUCGAUCAUGGCGCUUUCUGUGCUGAGUGCUUCUUCAUAAUAAGACAUCGACAUCACGUAUUCAUGUUCGUUGGCGCUUUUAUUACUCUUUUGAGCAAGUUUCUCUACCUUGAUGCAGUGAGGAUAUAUAUAUAUAUAUAUGGGCCUUCGAUGAGCAGUGGCUUCGAUGAAGGCUCCAUGUGCAUGAAGGUUUUGUUUCCUCCCUCGAACGUAUUGUUGUUUUUUCUAUUUCAUUUCAUGAAGGAUACCUCAGGGGUUUUGUCCCUGGUGAGGUCUUCCUGACCAACAACGUCGUGUCUGUCGCGGCAGGGUGUGUGAAACGCCGUAUGCUCUCUCCAUGCACAGUGGGGUUGAGUUUUGCACACCGCAUCCGACUUCAAAGAAGACCCUAUUGAACGGUGGUAUGAAUGUGCUUACCCUGAUGAUUACGGUCUUUUCACACAAGCCAAUCGAGCGUUCCUUCUUUCUGUGUUUCGCAAUUAGCUGUUGGUAAGGUGUCUCUGCUUUGCGUCCGGUUAACAGUUUCUUCGGAGAUAGGUAUAACACGAAGAGAAGUGGGAGAGUAAUAAGGGUCGAAUAGGCAUUUUGGAGUACAGUUCCUAGCGUGUUUUGCCAGCUAGCAAGUUCAUCUGUUCUUGUCGGGGGUGACGAAAAAUCACACAAAGAAAGGUGGGAGAGUAACGAGGGUUGAGGAGGCGUUUUGGAGGACUGUGACGUUUUAGGAGUUUCGCGAAUUGCAGUUUCCCUAGCUUCUUUGGCUUGCUAGUCAGCAAGCACGCUCUGCUCUGGUCAGGUGAUGAAGAAUCUUCAUCGUUGGGCUGACACUUCUACCGAGCGGUGUUGAUUGCACAGGGCCCUGUCUGUCAGGAGCCACCCUCUACAGUGUUGCUGAAGCAGUAUCUACCAAGCUGUGCAGGGUAGAGUGCCAAUGUUAGGCGAGAGAGCAGAAAAAGUGAAAAGGGUAAACCACCGGUUCACCGAGCGGAGGUCGGCGAACCUACCUUCCAAGGCUUGCAAGCCUGCAACUGCGCCACUUUUCGAAGUGGCCUGUAGCUGUCGCUACGGGCCCGGGCCGGAAUCGAAAUGCUCGUACUGCGUCAACCGGUAAAUGCAGUACUCUGCUUCGGAUGAACUGAGGGUUUGACAGGAGAGAUUCGAUGGGGAGACAGAGCAAGGGACACAGAGUGGGUGUUGACGACAGGAGGGAUCACAGAGGGAGAGGAGGCACAGAGUGGGUGUUGACGACAGGAGGGAUCACAGAGGGAGAGGAGGAAUUGAGUAGUGUAGGGAAGGAGAAGAAGGGAAGAAGACUCUUGGAGGAUGAAAGGUGGAGAAAGGAAUUCCAUUGUUGUCAGAUGUGAUUCAGGCUGGGAGGUUAUUAUUGUACUGGGAUGUAUGAUGAGGCUAUGAGCCCUCGAGCAAAACGCCAUUGGUCGUCAUCGGUCCAGUAGUGUUGAUCUGGAAUGUAAGCCAAACCCUCCUCUGCGGAGGGGGCCUCGCCUAUGAAACAUUGCUUUGCGCUUUUCAAUGAACCUCUCUAUAAAGUGGAUGGUGGUGGUGGUUUGACUCGACAAGAGUACUGCACCCCCCCGCGUCUUCAGCUUUUCGUCCGUGCUGCAAACUCCUCCUUCCACCGUCAGUCCGCCUGUCGUCCCGGAGCUUUUUAGGAUUUUCUGUCACUGCUUAAAUAUUUGUCCCCCAGUUGAUGGUAUUGCAAUCCCCCCUACUGUUGGUGCAAUCUUUUGUCAAGUGAGAAAGUCAAUAAAUAUUCGGAACUAAUUUAAGAUGGUUGGUAAUGCUCAUUUUUUGCAGGUAGCGCUGUUGUGUCACCACCCACGAACAUGCAAUCAAUAUUUAACGUGAUU